CUCCUCUCCUCCGCCUUGGCUGCCGCCUCUGCAUGGGGUUUAUCGAGCUUCCCGCGCUCGCGAUGGAGGGCAGCGACGCCCGCACCCGUCUCUCGAUGCUCAUCACCGCGCUGAGGCAAAUAGUGAUGCUGCUCCUCGCCUUCUGCGUCGUCAUGGCGCUGGCUGGCCGCGCCUACGAGUCUGGCUUCGGCCCGCACGCCGACACCGACAGCAGCGGCACGUCGGCAGGGAGAGACGCGGCGCUGCCAGGGUCGAGGCGGCGGUGGGCGGAGGAGGGUCCGCUCAUCGGCCUGGCCGCUCCGCGCUGGGGCGGCAGGCCCGCACAGCAGUGGCAGCCGGCGGUGCCGCUGCAGAUGCGUCCCUCAAAGUGGAGGCGAGUGCCGCACUGGCCGCCGGCAGCGCCUCCGCGGCCUCCUCCGCGGCCUCCGAAGGCGCCGAGGCCGCCCGCGCCGCCUCCACGGCCGCAUUCGUGGCUUGAGGGCUACCUCGACUGCGACUGCUCCUGGCUCGUUGACGGGGCGGCGAGCUGCCAAGGCGAGGCGCGGGGCGAGCAGUCGUACUCGCUGCUGGGCGUGCAGGUGCCGCUGCCCUCCUUCGGCUCCCUGCGCGACAUCGACUUUCGCAGCAUCGGCUUCGACUUCAGCGGAGGAGGCGGAGGCGCCGACGCGCCGUCCCCGGCAGCGGCCGACGGGGAGGAGGAGGAGGGUGGCGGGCCCGGGGGGCAAUGCGUCGACUGGUGCUGCUGCAGCUGCGAGUGGACGGCGGACUACGCGUGUCCGCAGACGCCGGGCCACCCUCGCCCUCCCGGCCGAUUGGGCUAUGCAGACGACGAUGGCGGAGCUUGCUUCGGGUACUGCUGCGACCGUCCCGACGACCACGCGGCGGACAUUCCCACAGGACGGGCAGGGCCGGGAGGACUGGAGCACGUCAUCGGCUUGGGCUGAGGCGACGGCGUCGGUUUUGCCGUUUGGUUCGGUUUUGCCGUUUGCUUUGGCCGUGGGCUCGAGGCGGGUACGCCUUCGAUGGCGCGCUACGAACGGGUCGUGACCACGAUGAACGAGCGGCUCAAGGGAGGGUUGUGUCGAGGGCGGGGGAAGCUACUCCAUGCGCCAUGUGUCUGUGCUUGACCGCUUGUGCCGCGUUGUGUGACAAUGUUUAGCAUGAUCGUGUUUAGGUAGGGUGUCUCUACGUCGGCGGUACUCUGUGCGCCCACUGUGUAGCGGCACUUGUGAGUGUUGAUAUCUCUACUUCUCAUUACUUCCUUGAGAGAUUUUCG